UUUCUCUCAGUGCACGAGCGCCAUGGUGAAGGGGCGGCUGAACGUCGCCGAUGUGGCGGCGGAGGUGAAAUGCCUGCGCUGUCUCAUCGGAAUGCGGUGCGCGAACGUGUACGAUCUCACGCCGAAGACGUAUGUGAUCAAGCUCGCCAAGAGCAGCGGCCUCACUAGUUCCGGAGAAGGCGAGAGAGCUCUCGUGCUGCUGGAGAGUGGCGUCCGAUUGCAUAUGACCGAAUUCUCCCGGGAUAAGAGCGUUACACCUUCUGGAUUUACUCUGAAGCUGAGAAAGCACAUACGAACUAGAAGACUGGAGAAUGUCCAACAGCUUGGUGUUGAUCGGGUGGUGGAUUUCCAAUUUGGCACUGGAGAACUCGCUCAUCACAUCAUCUUGGAGCUCUAUGCUCAAGGCAACGUGCUACUCACUGAUGCGGACUACAACGUUCUUACUUUACUUCGAAGUCACAGGGACGAUUAUAAAGGCAUUGCUAUGAUGGCUCGUCAUCGAUAUCCAGUCGAGAAUUGUCGAACCUUUCAACGAACGACGAUGCAAGACCUGAUACGUGCUUUCUCUCCGGAUGAGAAGAAGGCCGAACAGCAGGAAGCUCAGCAGACCCCGCAAGAUGCACGCUUGCAGAAGAAAAAGGAUGACGAGGGAUUUACUUUGAAGUCGAUCUUGCUAGACAGCUUUAGCUACGGACCAGCGGUGUUUGAGCACGUAAUUCUGGACGCUGGCCUGCAACCAAAUAUGAAAGUUUGUGACGCUUCCAACAGGUCGAUGGUAUCUGAGAAGGAUCUUCACUCGCUACUGGAAGCUAUCAAAAGAUUCGAAGAUUGGCUGGAAAGUGUGACGACAGGUGAUUUUACGCCGGAAGGAUAUAUCACGUUUCAUCCAAACAAGACUGCCAAGAAGAAGAACGCAGAGUCCGCGGAAGAGAAGAUGUUCGAUGAGUUUUCUCCACUCCUAUUGAAGCAGAGCGCUCACCGGGAGUAUAUAAAGUUCGACACUUUUGACGCGGCGCUGGAUGAAUUCUUCAGUAAGAUUGAGGGCCAGCGACUGGACCAGCAGCGAAAGACACAGGAGGAUUCUGCCUUCUCAAAGCUUGAAAAAAUUCGUGCUGAUCAGAGAAGUCGAGUGGAAUCUCUGAAACGUGAAGUUGAUCAAGCAGUACACACAGCUGAGCUCAUCGAAUACAACCUGGCUGACGUCGAUCUAGCCAUUGAUGCGGUUCGUGCUGCGCUUGCAAAUGGCAUGGAUUGGAAAGACUUGGGACGCAUGAUAAAAGAAGAAAGAAAAGCUGGCAACCCCGUAGCAGGACUCAUACACAGUCUGCAGCUGGAAAAGAACCACAUAACAUUACUCCUAAGCAAUAAUCUCGACGAUAUGGAUGACGAUGAUAAAACAAAACCCGCGGAUAAGGUGGAAGUUGAUCUUUCUCUCUCAGCUCAUGCAAACGCGAGGAAGUGGUUUGACAUGAAAAAGAAGCAAGCGCUUAAGCAGGAAAAGACUGUUGCAGCACAUGAAAAAGCCUUCAAAGCUGCAGAGAGAAAGACGCAGCAACAAUUAUCCCAGGCGAAGGCUGUUGCAACUAUUUCGCACUUGCGAAAAGUCCACUGGUUCGAGAAGUUUAACUGGUUCAUAAGCAGUGAGAACUAUCUUAUCAUCAGUGGACGAGACGCUCAACAGAACGAACAAAUUGUCAAGCGCUACAUGAAGAAAGGCGAUUUGUAUGUUCACGCCGAUUUGCAUGGUGCAUCAAGUACUCUAAUCAAGAAUCAUAAUCCUUCUCAACCUGUGUCGCCUUUAACAAUCAACCAGGCUGGAUGUUUUACGGUUUGUCGCAGUCAAGCAUGGGAUUCCAAGAUCAUUACAAGUGCUUGGUGGGUAUAUGAUCAUCAAGUGAGCAAGACGGCCCCGACGGGUGAAUAUCUCACGGUUGGAAGUUUCAUGAUACGAGGAAAGAAGAAUUUUCUUCCACCGUAUCCACUUGUCAUGGGGUUUGGACUCUUUUUCAGGCUUGAUGAAAGCUCCAUCCCUGCUCACUUUAACGAGAGGAGAAUUAGAGCUGAAGGGGACAACGAAGAACCAGAAGCAGAGAUUCAGGACGAUGAGGAGAUUGACGACGCUAGUGUAGAGGAUAGUCAGGACAAAGUUCACGAGAGAAAAGAAAGCGGUGAUGGUGGAAGCACGAUAGAGAAAGCUAGUGUGACGGAAGCAGAGGAAGCUAGAUCGGAGGAAGCGGAAUCAGAGGAAGCAAGAGCACCGGAAACAGAGAACGCAGCAAUGGAUGAGCAGGAGGAACAGGCUCCGCAAUCCGACUCAGAUAUCGAUAGCUUGCUUGAUAAGGCGCUAGAGCUCAAGUCCGUUCUUCCGUCUCAGGUAGAUACGAAUAAGUACGGACUGGGUGAAGUUCAAACAGAAGACCAAGUUGAUGACGCUGAUCAAGAGACAAAGGUAGCCAGGGAGAAGCCGUACAUAUCAAAAGCAGAGCGAAGGAAGUUGAAGAAAGGUGGAAACACUCAGGAAGUGGCCCAGGAAAAUGAGAAAGAUGGCAUAGAGGAGGGUAGUUCAGGAGCCAAGCCCAGUGAAGGGAGCAACAAGCAGGUCCGCGGGAAGAAGGGAAAGCUGAAGAAACUCAAGAAGUAUGCCGAGCAAGAUGACGAGGAACGGGAGCUGAGAAUGUCCCUACUUUCUUCUGCAGGACGAGAGAAACCAUCAGCCAAGGAGCAACCAGAAAAACCGAGCGUGAAGAAUGAAGACGCAGCAAAGAAACCCGUCAUUUGCUACACCUGCAAGAAAAGUGGACAUGUUGCAUCCGAGUGCCCGGACUCGAAGCAAACUGAAAGCGAAAUUGCGGCGAUCAAUGCCGAGGAGAACAUUGUGGAUCUGGACGAGGAAGAAAGGGAGAAGCUAACGGAGCUGGACGCUCUGACUGGAAGGCCCCUCCCGAACGACAUCCUGCUCUACGCGGUACCGGUGUGCGGGCCUUACAGUGCUCUCCAGAGCUACAAGUACCACGUAAAGAUCACACCAGGGCCUUCGAAGAAAGGCAAAGGAGCGAAAAUGGCUAUGGACGCUUUCAUUCGUUCGUCGGACGUGCUUCCGAGAGAGAAGGAAUUGAUGAAAGCGGUGGCGGAGUCGGAUCUGGUAGCGUGCAUGAUUGGAAAUGUGAAGGUGAGCGCUCCGGGACUGGCGAAGCUAAAGCAGAGCCAGAAGAGCAGCAAGAAGAAAGCCGCGGUGAAGAAAGAUAAAGCUUGAAGACAAUUGUAAAGGUACUCUACGACGAUUUUCUUCGUUGUUUUUCCCCAUGCGUGAUAGUUCUAGCUAACGUGAUCUUUGCAAUGUUAGUAUGUGCCUAGAAGGUAUUUGAGGGUAGAAACAACCGAGGAACGCAAAUACAAAAAGGUGGCAAAGAGGUUUGAGAAAAUGUCGAGGCUCCUGGCUGCGUGCAUUCUAGCUGCUCGGUAUCCCACAUCCCAGCCUGGUUGCGAAGCCUGCAAACGAAGCUAACACCCUGUACAAGGAGCUGAAAGCCUUCUCACAGAUGUGACGAGCCCGGGCGGUUGCCAAGAAGAAAGCAUGAGCCGCUGGUGUAUGUGAGGAGCUGCUACAACAAAAUCCUCGACUUAAUCUGUGCGCACAGUGAGACGUCAGAGGUAGCUUCUGUGGUUGCGCUGGGCACGCUCGAUAUCAGUGUUGACAUGGUUCAUAUCAUCAUCUCAUGAUAAUAUUAAUUACAUAGUGUGUCCUCAUUA